AACCCAGUCUCUCCGCCUACCACGGAAUCAGAAAGGCAUAGUUUUCGGUUCGCACCGACCGCCAGAAAUUUCAGUUAGAGCCUUUCUAAUCUACUCUGAAAUCUAAAAAUUCAAUGGGCGGCCACAGAUUGGAAGGCCUGCUUACGAAUAAGUGGUUAGGGUUUGUGACGGCUAUAUGGGUGCAGGCCAUUGCUGGAAAUAACUAUACAUUUGCCAAUUAUUCUGUGGCCCUGAAGGCCAUUUUGGGGUUAAACCAGGUGCAGCUUAAUAACCUCAGCGUCGCCAAAGAUGUGGGGAAAGCUUUCGGUUUGGUUGCAGGUUUUGCUUCGGAUAUUUUGCCGGCCUGGGUGAUUUUGCUCAUUGGCUCUGUUGAAGGACUCCUGGGUUACGGUGCUCAAUGCUUGGUGGUCAGUCACAAGAUUCGACCUCCGCCCUAUUGGCAGAUGUGUGUGUUUCUUUGCAUGGGAGGAAACAGCACGACGUGGAUGAACACGGCCGUGCUGGUUACGUGCAUGCGCAACUUCCCGAAGAACAGAGGCCCUGUGGUGGGGAUUUUGAAAGGCUAUAUUGGCCUCAGCACCGCCAUUUUCACCGACAUUUGUAGUGCCCUUUUUGCCAGCAAUCCUUCGUCGUUUUUAUUGAUGCUCACUGUCAUCCCUGGCCUCGUCUGCUUCACGGCCAUGGUGUUUAUGCGACCCGUGCCUCCUGCAGCUGACGAAAGGGAAGAGAGAGAGGAAGUUAACAGUUUUUCUGUCCUGAAUAUCUUGGCAGUUGUUUCCGCUGUCUAUUUGCUUGCCUUCGAUACGACUGGCGAGCACGGAGUUGUGCUUUCGCGUGCUUUUGUGGGCUUCUUGUUGCUUCUUCUCGCCGCCCCUUUGAUCGUGCCCGCCAAACUUUCGAUUCAGCAACGCUUUUCUGCCCACAGGGGAUCGAAUCCCGCGAAAUCGAGCAGGAAACAAAUUUUAGAGCCCUUGUUAGAAACCGACGAGGAACGUUCUACCGAGGUUGGCAGUUCUGUAUCUGCUGUUACUCAAUCUCCGCCGCCACCGCCGCCACCAAGCCUGAACCAGAUUGCACGCACGCCGCUUAUUGGUGAAGAUCAUACGAUAUUUGAGGCGAUGCAGAAAUUUGACUUCUGGUUACUGUUCUUGGCGUUUCUUUGCGGCGUUGGGACUGGAAUGGCAGUGAUUAACAACAUGGGUCAGAUUGGGCUGGCCAUGGGCUACGUUGACGUUUCUGUGUUUGUGUCUCUCAUCAGCAUUUGGGGAUUCUUUGGGAGGAUUGGAGCGGGCUCCAUUUCUGAGCAUUUUCUAAGGAAGGCGGGUGUACCUAGACCGGUGUGGAUGGCUAUAUCGCAGGUGGUGAUGAUAGUGGGGUACAUAACAAUGGCCGUCGGAAUGCAGGGGUCUCUCUACAUUGGGUCUGUGGUGGUGGGCAUCUGCUAUGGCGUUCGUCUCUCCAUUUCAGUUCCCACGGCAUCUGAGCUUUUUGGAUUGAAAUAUUACGGCUUGAUUUACAACUUCCUCAUCCUCAACUUGCCGUUGGGGUCCUUCCUCUUCUCUGGCCUUUUGGCUGGGAUUUUAUACGACAUUGAGGCUGCCAAAGACCAGAAAGGAAAUGUAAUCUCACCACUUUUAACUAGAGGAUGGUCAUAUGUAAAUUUCAGCGGUCUCUUAAGAGGGCAACACGAGUUAUAUGUGGAAAAUGGAAAGACAUGCGUGGGGGCACACUGUUACAGAUUGGUUUUCCUGGUGAUGGCUGGAAUUUGCCUUUUGGGAUUAGGCCUGGACUUGCUUCUCACCUUUCGGAUGAAGAAAUUGUAUUCCAACUUAUACAAGGCUAGGAAGGCCAGAGUCUCACAACACAUCAGGCAAAAGCUCUGAGGUUCUACGUAUUAUCUGUUAUAGUGUAUUGUUUAAUUACAAUCGAGCUUUUGUAGCAGUGAAGAAGUACAAGCAAAUUUGUAUGUCAUGUUUGUAAGAUCGGUAAAUAGUUUAGCUAAUAAAUAAACUGGAAGUUGUUCUAUAGAA